CCUUCGAUUUCAGAAUUGCCUCAGACAGACUAUCUACAAGUGGCAGAAGCAACAUGGUUGGCACUGAAUGUUGUGUCCAAUGGUCAUUCAUCAACCAGUUCUCAGACAAUUGGAGUGACAAAGAUAGCAAAAUCAGUGAUUGCUCCUCUAGCCCUACAUAAUGUUUCUGUAUUCCUGUUGUCAACCUACCAGACUGACUUCAUACUGGUGCGGGAGAGUGAUUUACCAGCCGUCAUUCACACCCUUUCUGAAGAAUUCAGUAUCUUCAAGGAGGAGAAUGGUGAACCAGUUCCAGUGGAUAGUAACAAUGUCACAAAUGGCUUCAUAAAACCCAAAACUGCUGCCAGCCCCACAGUUCAUCCAGUGUUAAGUCCCAAGAACCAGUUCUGUGUAAUGAGCUUGGACCCAGAUACUCUUCCCACUAUCGCCACUAUUCUCAUGGAUGUAAUGUUCUACUCUGCAAGUUUGAAAGCUCUGUCUGCUGAUCAGGAUCUUGACUACAUUCGUUUCUUUUCUUUUUCGUUGAUCGAUGGCUAUAUUUCAAUUGUAGUGGACACACAGACACAGAAGAGAUUCCCUAGCAAUCUGCUGCUGACCAGUGCCUCGAGUGAGUUAUGGAGGAUGGUGCGGAUAGGUGGACAGCCUCUGGGAUUUGGUAAUUAUGAACAUUGCUCACUUUCGUACUUGCUCUCACUGUUACAUUAAUAGCUGGAUGAGCGA